AUGUCCAGGUGGACAUGGCUGAAUCUGGCGUCAGGAGUGGGAGACGUGCCCUGUGCCAUCCUUGGUGCAGACUCUCUUGCCGCCUUUGAUCUUCUGGUCGACUGUCAUCAGUCACGUCUACAAAUUCAGACCACCAAGCUAACCGUCCGAGGUAUCCUUUCGCCUGAAGUGUCCUGCCAUCUUGCUGUCCUGGACCCUGAACCCGAGAAUUCAUUUCGGCAGCUUCUCGCCAAGUACCCCGGUCUUACCCGUCCAAACUUCAGCGCAUCUGCUCCACUGCAUGAUGCUGUUCAUCACAUCCGAACCACUGGCCCCCCUGUGUUUUCUCAGCCCCGCCGUCUCGUAACUGCACGGUUUGCUGUCGCCAAGGCCGAGUGUGAGCGCAUGCAUCCCUGUGCCGCGGUAAUUGAGCUAACGCGUUUAAUUAUCGCGGCCAAGAGGCGAGACCCAAGUCCCAGCCAAGGGUGCACGCAUUCACGCCGCAGUGAGACGGCGUGGAUUCAGCCUUAUCGCGAACACAAUUCCCUCCGUUCCUAUCACCCUUCUUUGGUUGACUACAAAAUUGCUCAUUUGACUCCGCAUUCUCCCAUUCUCUGA